AUGUUAUGGAAUAUUAACGAUAUUACAGAGGAUUUAGAAGAUUUUUCUUUGGAUCCUUUGUGUAAUACUCAAUUGAAUCUUAUCGAUAAUUCUGAUUUGUUAAUUUAUCCAGAAAAUGUUUCUGAAAUGGAUUAUAAUUUUUUUAAUUCUGAUUCCAAUACCAUUUCCGCUACCAACGAACAUAUAACAUUUAACAAGAUUGCAGAAUUUUAUACGCGUUUUCUUCUUGAAUUACGAGAAUAUCAUUUACUUCCGCAAAAAAUCGUGCAAUCGAUUUCUUUUUAUAUUUCUAUGUUACUUGACAUGGCUGUUAAAUUGAUUAAAAGGAAAACAUCAACUUCCGCAUUCAUCUCAACCAAUGAUUUGGAUAUUGCUUUCGUACAUAUUAAUUCAAUCAUUAAUUCUAUUUCGAAAAGUGAAUAUCAAUUUUUAAAACAAUGUACGAAGCAUUUCAACUAUGAAGCUCCAACUAAAAUUAUCUUAAAUACCGAUGAUCAACAGGCUUAUUACAUACCAUUAAAACAAAGUUUAAAAAGUAUGCUUGAAAAUGAACAAUUAUUGAAGUCUAUAAUUGAUAAUAUCAAUGCUUUAUCGAAUUGUGCAGCUAAUGACCAAGAUCUAAUCGUGUCAAAUCGACAAGGUCGUUCAAUUAUAUCAAAUAUAUCUCGUCAAGCAAAUAAAAAUGUUUUAUUACUUAAAUUAUAUACAGACGGGCUCUCCAUUACUAAUCCUCUUGGUGCUGAAAGAGAUUCUCAUAAACUCACUUGUUUUUAUUAUCUCUUGGACGACAUGCCUGACAUUGUUCGGUCAAAAGUAAAUUCCAUUGGACUAUUUUGUAUGUGUUAUACCAAGCAUUUAAACGAUCAGAACAAUGUAAAGAUAUUAAUGGAUGUACUUGUAAAUGAUUUGAAUACGCUUCAGAAUGAAGGGAUAACGAUUGCAUGCCCAUCAAGUCGAAUCUAUUUCGUUUUUUCAACUAUAUGUGCUGAUAAUUUAGCCGCACAUGAAGUCGGAGGCUUUCAGAAGACGUUUAGUUCCGGAAGCUUUUGCCGGCAUUGUUAUAUCACUUAUGAACACCGACUUAUUCCUUUAACUGAUUUAUCAUUUCUACCUCGAACCAAGUUGAAGCACGAUAUAGUACUUAGUCAAAUUAUCAAUAAUAAUAAUGAUCAGACUAUACAAGGGAUUAAAUGUAACAGCUGGUUUCAGAAUCUAAUCGGUUUCCAUCCAACUGAAUCAUUACCACCGGAUUUGAUGCAUAAUGUGGCAGAAGGUUUAUGUCCAUUGAUUAUUAGCGUUUUAUUAAAAGAAGCCGUACAACAAAAUAUUUUGACUUAUGCUGAAAUUGAACAACGCACGUCGAACUUUAAUUUUGGCUUUAAUGAUCUGUCUAAUAAACCUCCACCUGUAAAAAAAAAAGCAUUUAUCUAA